AUGCUACCUUGUCUAGAUGAGUUCGCCGAGCCCAUGAUAUGGUCUCAAGUUGAAUUGGCCUCUCUCAUCGUCAUUCAAAAGGUCCCCUGGCUCAACCAUGCCUUGGGACUCUCGAGUAACCGAAGAAGUUCGAACAACUACUACAGAUGGAGGAGUUCCAAGAAGACAGGAGGAUCUAUCCCGCUCAAAAGCUACAGGCAGAACCAUAAGUAUGGCUACCUACCGAGCAAGUCAAAAGGCAACGCCGCAUAUGGAUUGACAAGUCAAGCUAUUGGCGGCGCACAUACCAAGAAUGAGAGCACGGAGGAUAUCUUCCCACACAAAAUCGACGGCAAUAGUGCUAUUUUGGUUACUCAUGAGAUGACUCGAGAUGUCGAAUCACAUAAUUCCUCGGCCGAACCUUCAAUAUCACAUGUCUAUGACUGCGAAAAAGAGCAUAGUAGGGGAACAUGA